CCCGGAGUGUUUUGGCCCGGCGCUCAGAGGUGACGGGGGGAAUGGACUUCUAGCAGCCAUGAAAGAAGCAAUCAUGAUCUCCCAGGAUGCUUCCAUGGACGGACCGUACCCCUCUCAGGAGUCCCAGAGAGGCCUACAGGACAGUGAUGAUGACCGGAUCCACAUGGGUCACGCCAUUAUGACCUUUUACUCUGCCCUCAUUGAUUUGUUGGGUCGUUGCGCUCCAGAGACGCAUUUAAUUCAAGAAGGAAAAGGAGAAGCCAUCCGCGUCAGAGCGAUUCUCCAAUCACUGAUUCCCAUUCAGGACAUUGAAGGAGUCGUCAGCAUCCCCCUUCAACUUCCUUCAGUGUCUACAGGUUAAAAGGAAUAAGUUAUCAUCUACUUAAAUAUGUUGUAGAACUAAAAGUGAGUUGCAAUAGAACUAUUGCAAUUAUUUAUGAAAUACUAGUUAUUUUCUUGAAUCUUUUCCCUACCAGGAAGUAAGACGCCUCCCUAUCUGAGGCUCCAUGUGGGUGUCGCCCAUUUCAUGACAUCAUCCUAGAGCCCGCCUCGGCAGCUUUUCUGUGUUUCGCCCAGGCAAAAACAAACAACAUCCAAACUUUUGCAAAGAUCAAUGUGCAUACUAUAUAUCUGCAAUUACUACACUGGUUCACAACAUAAAUACAACUGGCAUCUUCACCAUUGAUACACGCACCAUGUAUCCUGGAGAGGGGGAGAGGGUGUGUGUCUUAAAAGAGACCAGGGUCUAAAGUAACGAACACCUGUUAGACCUGGCAUUUAAUGGAGACAGUACAUAAUUGAAAGAUAUACUGCAUUUCAAAUAAAGGUUAUUUUGCUGAGUACUUCUAGCUUCUCUGAGAAAUUGGGUAUUUGUGUUGGCCUGUGGUACAGUUCUGGUAGUACAGACUCUUCUUGAAAGGGCUUUUCUCACUUUGUGACAUCAGUCCGUGAGAACCCAUUCAUUUCGUGGGUAUGGGAGGGGCUGGUGCUGGGAGGCUGGUUUUUAGAGGAUUACUCAGAAAUGUUUAAAUGGAUCAAAAAAAUACUUGGGGGCUUCCUUAUAGUGAGCAAUGAACCGUAUAAUACAUAUAAAAGCUCAACAAGUGGAUUUUACAUGGUAUUGGCCCUUUAAAGAGUUGACACAAUUUCUGUGGAUGUCUCUCAACCUUCAGUCUAAUAUUACUCAUGAUUU